UUUGGUGUGGGUAAUCGCUGUUACUUGGGCUUUUACUGUGUUCAUUUUUUGUAAUCCAAACCCUUUCAGUAAGGUCAUGUCUAAGCAGAAGUAUUCUUUGAAGAAGAACAUUACGUAUAAUGAUGAAUUGGAGUUGAGGAAUAAUACAGUUCCGUAUCAGAACGAUAUCAGUCAAACUACUGCCGCUAACCCCCAAAAAGAGAGUGAUUAUGAGAAGUGUGACUUGUUUAAGGGUCGAUCGAUUCCUGAGCUCAACGGACCAUUAUACACGAAUUGGAGCUGUUCCACGAUACCAGAAUCCAAGAACUGUCAGCUAAAUGGAAGGAAAGAUGUAGACUAUAUGAAUUGGAAAUGGAAACCAGAUGAUUGUGAACUCCAGAGAUUUGAUGCUAAGAAGUUCUUAUCGAUAGUUCUAUGUAAAAAGUUAGCCUUCAUUGGUGACUCUGUUGCUAGAAACCAAAUGGAAUCACUCCUUUGUCUCCUAUCACAAGGCGAAACUCCGAAAGAUAUCUAUAAGGAUUAUGAAGAUAGAUUUCGUAUCUUUUACUUUCCUGCACAUGAUUUUACUCUCACGGUCUUCUGGACAAGUUUCUUGGUUGUUGGGGAAGAUAAAGGAAUUGUAAAUGGUUCGACUACAAAUGUGCUUCAUAUACACCUGGACAAGAUUGACGUUAACUGGGCUCAGAAGCUGCCCGGUGUAGAUUAUGCUGUCAUUUCGAUUGCUCACUGGUACUUCCGAAAGAAUUACUUAUAUGAAGGUGGUCAACUAAUAGGUUGUACAUAUUGCAACGAACCGGAUGUUCCUGAUUUAGGAAUUCCAUUUGCUGUUCGAAAAGUCUUUGAAUAUGUGCUUAAAUAUAUUAAUGACUGUAAGGAGUGUAAUGAGGAUUUAAUUACUCUGGUACGAACAUUUGCGCCUGCACAUUUUGAGAAUGGAUAUUGGCAUGGUGGAGGGGUUUGCAACAGAACAAGUCCUUACACUGAAGAACAGAUUAAUUUUGCAAGUUCUGAAUGGGAACUGAGGAGUAGUCAAGUGAAUGCGUUUGAGAAGUAUAAAAACACAACAGAAGGGAAGAGAGUAGAGAUUUUAGAUAUAACUAGGGCCAUGAUGAUGAGACCGGAUGGACAUCCAGGCCCUAAUUGGAAAGAUCAAUAUGGUCAGAAUCACCAUGAUUGUCUGCAUUGGUGUUUACCCGGACCUAUCGAUAUAUGGAACGACUUGUUUAUGGCUGUGUUGCAGAAAAAUGUAUAG